UUGCCACGUCCUGCUUGAGAGAGCUUCUCAGAUUGGUGUCCCAGUAUCUCGGUGCUAUGGGAAGCAGGUGCCUGCCCCUGCUCUCAGGUCUCAGCGUCCUGCUGGCUUUGUCAGGAUCAGAUACCAAAAAUUCUGGAGCUUUCUGUCCCAUGUGCCCCGAAAAUGCCAGCUGUUCCAACAGCACCCACUGUGCUUGUAACGAUGGAUUUCAGUCUCUGUCUGGGAGGAGCUACAUCAAGCCCCACGAGAAAUGUGAAGAUAUUGAUGAGUGUACGGCUGGGCUGGCAAAGUGCAAGAAGGAAUCAUACUGCAUAAAUGAAAUUGGAAGUUACUACUGCAGCUGUUUCUCAAAUCGUUUCUUCAACUGGCUGGCUAGAUUCUUCAAGUCAGAUCAAGAAGUGUGUUAUGAGAGCUCCAGUGAGGAGACACCAUUCCUAGAGAAUGGUCAGGAAAUUCUGAGGAACAAAAGAAACAAGGAGCACAUUGCAAAAAUGGCUACCCAAAUGUUUCAAAAAAUGGAAGAGAUCAUAUGGACUGAGGAUUUAGCUUCUCCAGGGAAGCAUGAGAAUUCUACUCUUGGUAUAGUCUAUGAAAUCAAGAGGUGCAAUGAGACAAGUGAGAAGACUUUUCUAGAAGCUGGAAAUAACACUAUGGAUAUUGACUGUACUGAUGCUUUCAAAGGAACUAUAGAAGAUAGAAGUGCAGUUGCACUUGUCACUUACCAGUCUCUUCAGGAUAUGCCGAAUGGGUCCUUUUUUAAUGAUGGAAGAGGGACACAGGAAGUGAAACUGAAUUCUCAUGUUGUGAGUGGCACCAUUAGUACGAAGAAAAAAGUAUAUCUGUCUGAACCUGUGUUCCUGACCUUCCAACAUGUUCAGGCUAUUCUCUUUCAGCCUGGUGGUACAAGAACAAAACCUUUCUGUGUCUACUGGAAUGGAUCAGAAGAGGGGGGCAUCUGGUCAACAGAGGGCUGCCAUCAUGUGGGGAGCAACAGUUCACAUACCAAAUGCAAGUGCUUCCACCUCUCCAGCUUUGCUGUCCUCGUGGCUCUUGUUUCUGAGGUGGAUCCUGUGCUGACUGUGAUAACCUAUGUGGGGCUGAGCUUCUCCCUGCUGUGCCUCCUCCUGGCAGCCCUCACCUUCCUCCUGUGCCGACCCAUCCAGAGCACCAGCACUUCCCUCCACCUGCAGCUCUCCAUCUGCCUCUUCCUGGCCCACCUGCUCUUCCUUACAGGGAUUGAUCAAACUGAGCCUAAGGUGCUGUGCUCCAUCAUCGCUGGGGUGCUGCACUACCUCUAUCUGGCCUCCUUCACCUGGAUGCUCCUUGAAGGGCUGCAUCUCUUCCUCACCGUUAGGAAUCUCAAGGUGGCCAACUAUACCAGUGCAGGCAAAUUCAAGAAGAAGUUCAUGUACCCUUCAGGCUAUGGGAUUCCAGCUCUCAUUGUGGCUGUGUCUGCAAUAGUAGGACCCCAAAACUAUGGCUCACAUACUCACUGCUGGCUCAAGCUGGAUAAAGGGUUCAUCUGGAGUUUCAUGGGACCAGUGGCAGUCAUUAUCUUGAUAAACUUGGUGUUGUACUUCCAAAUUCUAUGGAUUUUGAGAAGCAAACUUUCCUCCCUCAAUAAAGAAGUUUCUACCAUUCAGGACACCAGAGUCAUGACAUUUAAAGCCAUUGCUCAGCUAUUUAUCCUGGGCUGUUCUUGGGGCCUUGGCUUUUUUAUGAUUGAAGAGGUUGGGAAGGUGAUUGGAUCAGUCGUUGCAUACACAUUCACCAUCAUCAAUGUCCUGCAGGGUGUUUUGCUCUUUGUGGUACACUGUCUCCUUAAUCGCCAGGUACGAAUGGAAUACAAGAAGUGGUUUAGUGGGAUCUGGAAAGGAGUUGAAACUGAAAGCACUGAGGUGACACGCUCUACAACCCAAACCAAAAUGGAGGAACCAGCGAUGUCAUCAGCAGUCUUCCGCAGAAGAGACGUUGCUUCUGUGCAACCACAGCCUCAGACUCUUGUCUCUGUCUCUUGGUUAAGAACAGAAAACUGAGCUGCUACUGGACAGCGCCCCCUGUGGUCACAUGUAGAUCGGACAAAUGCCACCAUUUGCAUCUUCCUCCUGAAAGCAGUUGAGGCUUUCCUCUAUUUUGGCUUCUAGCUCCAGAGAAAAAAAGUGCACCAGGGGGAGACCUCUGAGUCCCAUACCCAGUAUUGUUUAUCACACGCCAUUAAAUGUUCAAGGAAUAAUUUUUAAUAAUGAAGGAAAUAAAGAGUUUUUCUUCUUCCA